GUCGGGCACGGCCGACUGGCCGAGAGGCGAGAGGGCUCUCUCAUCGCCUCUGUGAGAGCAAGUUUUAAAGAAAUGAUUGAUGAAGGACUAGAUGCUUAUCUUUGUCAUGCAUAUCGAUUAACAAACUAAUGCUCACAUGUUUCAAACUCUUUCCUCGAAGGUCAGUGUUCAUCACAUGCAUCGUGGUAUCAGGAGGAGGAAUAUAGACACGGAUCACAUCAGCAGAGCAGCUAGCCGGUGUAUAAAUAGGGCAGCAGUUGAGAUGAGAACAGAAGAGUCCCUUAGCAACACACACACACAAGAGAAAAGAGAGGCCGAGCAAGCAAGGCCCAAGCCUACGAUGGGCGCGCUCAUGCUUCUUCAUGUCCUCCUCGUUGCGGUGGCGGCGAGGGCUCCUGCCGCUCAGGCAUGGGGCAAGGAGGGGCACUACAUGGUGUGCAAGAUCGCCGAGAGCUUUCUGACGGAACAGGCCUCGACGGCGGUGAAGGGCCUGCUGCCGGGGUGGGCCGGCGGCGACCUCGCGGAGACGUGCUCGUGGGCGGACCAGCAGCGGUUCCGGUACCGGUGGUCCAGCCCCCUGCACUUCGCCGACACGCCGGGGGACUGCAAGUUCGACUAUGCCAGGGACUGCCACAACACGGAAGGAGAGAAGGACAUGUGCGUGGUUGGAGCAAUCAACAACUACACCGCGGCUCUGAAGGACUCAUCAAGUCCAUAUGAUCCGACCGAGAGCUUGAUGUUCCUUGCACACUUCGUCGGCGAUGUCCACCAGCCGCUCCACUGCGGCAACGCCGACGAUCUCGGCGGCAACACCAUCAUCGUCCACUGGUACAGAAGGAAGAGCAACCUGCACCAUGUGUGGGAUGUGAACGUGAUUGAGACAGCCAUGAAGGAUUUCUACGACAACGAUCUAAGCACCAUGAUACAGGCCAUACAGCAGAACAUCACUGAGGAGUGGGCUAAUGAAGAGAAACAGUGGGAGACGUGCCGUAGCCGGAUAAAGACUUGUGCUGACAAGUACGCUGAAGAGAGCGCAAAGCUGGCCUGCAAGGCUUACGAGGGUGUUGAACAGGACUCCACCUUAGAAGAUGACUACUUCUUCGCUGCGCUGCCUGUGGUUCAGAAGAGGAUUGCCCAAGGAGGUGUGAGGCUUGCUGCAAUACUCAACAAGAUAUUCGGUGGGAACAGCAAGCUACAGAGCAGCUGAUCAAGUAAAAAUUAAAUAAUAGAAAGUUGGGAGGAAUUGAUCUGCAUUCUGAAUUAGAAUAAGAAUAGAAGUUGGGAGGAAUUGAUCUGCAUUCUGAAUUAUAAUAAGAUUAUCUUGUCUGACAAUGUAACUUUAGUGAUCAGAUCACGAUCGUGAUCAGAUGUAUUUUCUAUUCGUCAGAGUAGCUCAUGAUUUUCUAGAGAGUUGAUGAAGCACUUGUACGUAAUUGGCAAGUGUGCAGUAGAUGUGUAUUGUUUUUUUUUGAGCAAUUAGUGGCAGGUGAUCUGCCGUUUCAUUUA